CGGUAUGCUGUCAAAGUGACAGGAGCGCUGCAAACAGCGUGCUGAUUGUUAUUGUUUACCUUCGUGGUCGGCAGCAAGCCCGGCAACGUGCAGUGGAUUUUACUACUUUAUUAUAUUUUAGUGACUAUCUAACACCAUGUGCAGUAUUGCGGAGGAUGAUUUUGGUGACGAUGGAGCAGCGCACGGUAUGAAGGAGGACACCCCACAACCGGAACUCGCGGCAAACGAGCUGUGUCGGAAGUGUAACACGGAACUGGCUGUGCUGAAACUGAACCUGAAGGAGCCUCAGUGUCGGAGUUGCUUUUUGAACUACGUACGGCACAAGUUCCGUGCAUCGUUGGGAUCGACGAAAAUUGUACGCCGAGGCUCGCGUGUUCUUAUCAUCUUUACCGGUGGGCCGGAAAAUGUAACGCUGCUCGAUAUGAUACGCUUCGGGUUGGAGCAGGACUCGUUUAAGCAGCUGCGAAUAGUGCCCGUGCUGCUUUACGUGGAUGAUGAAUUCGUGAACCGGGCAGAUGAGUUCCGAAUGCAACGUUUAGCGAAGCGGAUAAAUGUUCUUAAACAGUUUAGCAACUUUCCAUCGUACUACACCGUAUGCGGCUCUUCGAAGUAUGUGAAAGUAACCUUCGAAGAAGAAUUUUCGCCUACCGGAUUUGAGGAGGAUGAAAAGCGACUAAUCCAUGUACUGGAAGCCGUCCGAUCGGUAUCAUCUAAACAGGACCUCCUGGAGCAGGUGCACAAACAAACGUAUCGAAGCAUUGCGAAAGCACUCAACUGCAACUACGUCUUCCUUUCGGACAUUGGGAUCGAUCUGGCAAAAACUCUUCUGUCCAACGUAGCACUGGGUCGCGGUUGUUCCCUAGCACAGGAUGUAGCGUUCUGCGAUGAUCGUGACGAUGCAGUGAAGCUUAUACGACCCAUACGUGAUCUGAAUCCGGAUGAGAUUAGCAAUUACCUGCAGUACAGCGAAGCACAGCUACUCCACUUGCCACUCGCGAAACACUUCGACGAUAAGCCAAGCUUACAAAAUUUGACGGCCAAAUUCAUCGACAACCUGCAGCAAAGCUUCCCUUCCACGGUGUCGACCGUUUUUCGUACGGGCGAUAAACUUGAUGCACCGAAAGUGGUGCAAAAGACGGCACCAUCCAGUUCUUCCGUUGAUGGAACGGAUUUUCUUGCACUGUUCGAUAAGAAACUCACGCUAAAGGAGCAGCCUACGGCGGCAGAAUGCUGUCGAUUUUGUGGCGCUGCUUUGGAUUAUCGAGGAUCAAAAACGCUGUUUGCCACCGAAUAUUCGAGGCUCGUUUCGUCCCGAAUUAAUGCCGCCUGUAGUCAUGAGGACAUUUUGCAGAAAUCGAAGCAAAUGGAGCAGGACGCGGAGCGAGCGGUGAAUGGAGAAGACGAUGAUGAGCGUCGGGAACUAUUGAAGCGUCUUUGUCACGGGUGUAGAAACAUAUUUGAAGAUAUAAAUGAGUAGCAGGGAAGGGAAAUGGAACAAGCUGUUUUAAAUAAAACAAUUCAUUGUUGGAACACUUGCAACGGGA